CCCAACUACUCUGUUGGUCUAGUAAAAGAUAUCACAUCUGCCUACAGAACUGCAGAGCGUUAAGGAAAUGAAUGGAGUUUUACAUGAAGUUGGCUUUUUCCUUUCAUAUUUGUUAAUGUUUCUACUUAUCCCUUAGCUUUAUCUGAGAUUUCAGUGGGAAUUGAGCACCUAUCCCCUAGGCACUUUAAAUAAUCCCAGCCUUACAUAAUGCUAAACCAUUUGCAUUCCUGGCUUGGUUACUUGGCUUCUGUAACUGGCACUAGGCCAUUGUCCCAAAUGAAUAGUGACUGAGAUGCUAAGAAAAUGGAGAAAGGAAGGGAUUUGUUUGGAAAGGGGAGUUGCCUCCUGAAUCUUUUUAUCCUUCCCCUGCCUGAACCUCAGGGUUGUUGGAAACAAGAUUGGUAAUUUGGAUACAUUAUGUCUACAGAAAUGAGACCCCUUAUAAAUACCAAUUGUCUGUGAAAAGCAGGAAAUUGACUUGUCUUUUCCUGCCACCCACAGCUAAUGACCCAUACCAGAAUGAAACAUUUAAACCAGGAACCACUGUGACAUUUUGAAACACAAUUAGAACAUAAGGGCCUUCAUGAGCUGUUCUGUUGAAGCACUAACUGCUCAUAAAAGUGGAGGGAGUCAUUCUCCAAUAUGACAAAAGUGUUCAUGGCUUGUUGUACCAGGCUUUGCAGGCAGCAGAAAUUCCUCAGAGAUAGAAUUAACUGGCUACAGCUGACAGGGAGUGGCCAAGUUGGUAGGACUAGUGACUCAACUGGAAACGCAAUAGAUUAGAGCUAGAAGCCUUUCUGUAGCAUUUAAAAAAACUUGGUAUUUGCUGCUUCCCUUCAAGCUUUCAGGUAAGAAGGGCUUGGAUAAGCAACUGCAAGGGCUGCAUCCAGAAUUCAAGGUUUCUCUGACCUUACCCAGUGCAAAAAAUGUAUUUUGACAUAACUACUUCCAGCUGCAACCUUGAGUCUAAGGAUACUGUGUUGUAAUCCUGAUUCACAAAUACACUCUUCCUCACAGAAGGAUAAUAAUAGAAUUCUUACUUCCUCCAGUCCAAUCAAAAUUAUCUCAAUCUUACCUGAAAUUGAGUCUUAGCAGCUAGACUUAUCAAAGCCCCAAAUUCCAAGAGUAGUGAUUCCAUCUUUUCCAUAUGCCAGGGGGAUCAGCAAUAGUGGGUAUAAGGCUAGGUACCAUCUAUAUACUAUAGAUUACCUAACUAGCAUUUCCCUAAUAACCUGCCUAGUGAUUUUUAUACACUGAAUAAGAGGAAAGACAUAGUAGAUUCCUGCUCUAGCGGGGCAGGUUGGGAGGGGGGUCACAGCUCACUCCUGUUUCUUUCAUAUAAGAAAUCUAGGUUUAAUGACACUCUCAAGCUCUUUAGCUAUAUUCCUUUUCUAUCACCUGGAAAAUAGUAAGCUGUGAACAGAAAGUUUGAGCUGAUGUUUCAAAAGUCAUGAACAAGAAUAUUCAUACCAGCAGGGCAAAAAGGUUAUUUGAUAAGUUAGUACAUUUCUUCAUAACUUUCUGAAAGGUAUCUCAUUCCAGCUGUGUCCUUGGGCAGACCCAUCAAAAACGAUGAUGUUUCUGUGACAAAAGACUACCUUGGGCUCAAAACACAGGAGGGAACAAUGGAUCAAUAAUAAGCCUGCCAUCAUUGCCUAUCAAAUCUGUACAGCCAACUACACAAGUUAAGCACAAAAAAAAAAUGUGUGGAGUCUCUGGCUGUUGUUGUGAUGAUAAAGAUACCUGAGUGAAUCCAGAAGAAUCAUCACUGAGAAUAAAUACUGAAGUCAUCAAAAAACCUAAGGAAGCCAGCUACAACUGACUAAUAAAAGCUACAGCUUUUAUUACAUCAUUAACCCAAUCCAAAGACUUGUGCAUAGCGCUUUCAAGUUAUGGAAAGAUAAAACAAGAUUCUUUAAAGGGGAAAGAAGAGGGGAAAUAUACUGCUUAAAUCAACGAAACCAUCACCUGUGCUAAAGACCAGAUUGAGGUGGAGAUUCCAAGUGAUUUUUUCCUAAGCAAGAACCCUCCAAUCCUUAUCUCUGAUUUAUACCUCAAUGACCCUGCAUGUCACGGUACUGAGACAGCAAACCUUUACGUGUUCAGCAUUAAAAACAAUUUCACAGACUGUGGAACUCAAAUGGCUUCUGAUGAUACACAUAUUGUUUUCACCAACACCAUACAGAGUAACUUUUCUGAAGUAAUUACAAGAACCUUUAUCAAUAUUACAUUUGCUUGCCGAUACCCUAUUAAUUACCUGGUGCAGCAGCCUAAUGGGGAUAAUAAGAUCAGUGUUGAUAUCAGAACCAUUACACUGAACACAGAAGAUGGGAAUUUUUCUGUCUCAAUGAUGCUGUACAAGGACCCAGAUUUUGAGGACAUGUGGACUACUAUUCCCUUCCUAACCCUAGAGGACAACAUCUUUGUCAAAGUCAAUAUGGUUCCAGGCCAUCUAAUAAUCCGCCUUGAAAACUGCUGGUCCACACCAGCGAGGAAUCCUUCUCAUGCAGUUCAGUACUCUUUUAUAGAACAAAGCUGCCCACAAGUUAUCAAGGAUGAAACGCUGUCAGUUAUCACAAAUGGAGAAAGUGCAGAUGCAAUGUUUAGGAUCCAGAUGUUCAAAUUUGUUGGUAUCUCUUACAAUGAUGUGUUCCUGCACUGCACAGUUCAGAUCUGUUACAAUACACCUGCUGUUUGCAAACCGAAUUGUACUAAUUAUGGCAAAAUUAUUAGAAAUAAGAGAGAUGCAUCAUCAUUUCCUACUCGCACUGUCUCUUAUGGUCCCAUCAAGCGAAAGAUGGAUGGUAAUGAAGAAGCAAAUCGAAUCCCCACAGAUGGAAGAAAUCUUCCUCCUGUAGAAAGCUUGGUUCUUGGUGGAGUGCUAAUGGCAGUUUUAGUUAUAACUGGAGUCUUUGGAAAACUUUUACUUCAGUCAAGAAGAGCCUAUCCUCCUAUGCAAGCACAGCUCACUAUGUCACAUUUUCACAACUCAGAAGUACCAUCAUGAUCCAGUGACUUCCCCAUACUUGAUCUGAUGCACAGCAAGAGUCAUAAGAUGUAAUAGGAACAUAAUCCUACCUCCAAGUAACCGUUAUUUUACAAAAUUAAAUUUUUUAUUUGGUUGCAACUGAAUCAUACGAAUUAUUGUGGUAUGCUCUUCUGUUCACUUCCAUGCCACUAUAGUUUACAGAAAAUGAGUACAGUUUAAAAUAAUGCAUGAUGAGAAUUUUACUUUCUAAGAUUUUAUUUUUUGCAGGUUUAUUGUGAUUUUUCUCUAUCAAGGAAAAAUCUGUUCCCAGUUGUUUUUAUGGUAUAAGCACCAAAUGACUUGUCACUUUCUUUUGAGUUUCAUAAGACAAACAGAGACUGUUCUUUUGAUUGAAGUUGUUGCUGAGUCACAGCCAAAAGUGUAUGAACAGAGACUUUAUCACUGUGGCUGUAUUCCAAUGACUACCAGGGCAGCAAAAAUAACUCUUGUUCUCCCUUUCCACUUGAGUGGAAAAAAUGUAAUUCAGUGUCUCAUCUUAGUGGGACUUAGACAGGACUCCCAUGCCACCUGCACCACCACUUUAAGUAUAUGAAGAAAUUAAUUUUUCCAUUUUUUGAGAUGAACAUAAAUCCUUGAUAUCUUACUCUGACCAUUUUCUUCUGAAUCUGGGAAGCUGUUUCAAUAUGAAUAAAAUUUGUAGUCUAGACCUAAUCAGAUCUUUGUAACAGGGUAAAAGCACAGGACAGCUCAAGGUUUAUUGCAGAAAUACAGCUGGCACCAAUUCAUAGUAGGCUUUUUAGGUAUUACAAUAUAAUUGAUUGACUAUGAAGGUAAUUGUGUUGACCCUAACCCUAACUCAGUUAGAAUGCUAAUGCAGAUGGGAUUUAAAAUUGCCCUUUCCCUCUACUAAGGCAUAGGUCUUUCAUGCUUAAGGUUGGGAAUCACAGGAGAGAGUAUGACAGUUUCUGAAAUUGUUUCUUUUAUAAUGUCAGUAUGAAAGAUAAUAUGGCACAGAAUUACUAGUAUUAGUGUUAUUACUUUUCAGUAUUACAAUCCAUAUACAAUUUGGUGUUUUGGGAUCACACAAAACUUACACAGGAGCAGAAUAGAUCAUAGGUGAAAGGGUCAUAAGCAGGGAUCCUGGUUUUCUCUGUUUAAAAAUCCCCAAAUUCUCUGAUUAAAAACCCUGAAAUCUGUGUUUUUCUGCAAUUAAAAUGAAACGCCACUAUAUACAGGUAUCGGUUGAAUACAAUGUUUUAUUGCUAUGUUUACAUUGUUAAAGCAGUUUGAAAGCCUACCGGUGCCUCAAUCAUUAGACUAAAAUAAAUUCUAAAUACCUAUA